CGCGAGCGAGAGCGCCCCCGAGCAGCCCCCGCGCCCUCCGCGCCUCCCCGGGCAGGACCUCAAGAGCAGGACGCCGGCAGCCCAGCCCGCUCGCCUCCCCGGCCCUCGCCCUGCUGCCAGCGGGCCCGCCGCCCCGCCGCCCCGCCGCCCCGCCGCCCCGCCGCCCCGCCGCCCCGCCGCCCCGGAGCCCGGCCCGCCUCCCGGACCCACCGGCCCGUCCGCGACCCUGCGCUCCCGUGGGCUGGCGCCCCUGCGUCGGCGCUCGCCCGGACUCCCCCUGCGCGCCACGAUGAGCUCCCGCGCCGCCAGGACGCUCGCCCUCGCCGUCACCCUGCUCCACCUGGCCAGGCUGGCGCUCUCCACCUGCCCCGCCGCCUGCCACUGCCCGCAGGAGGCGCCCAAGUGCGCCCCGGGAGUCGGGCUGGUCCGGGACGGCUGCGGCUGCUGUAAGGUCUGCGCCAAGCAGCUCAACGAGGACUGCAGCAAAAUGCAGCCCUGCGACCACACCAAGGGGCUGGAAUGCAAUUUCGGCGCCAGUUCCACCGCUCUGAAGGGGAUCUGCAGAGCUCAGUCAGAGGGCAGACCCUGUGAAUACAACUCCCGAAUCUACCAGAAUGGGGAAAGUUUCCAGCCCAACUGUAAACACCAGUGCACAUGUAUCGACGGCGCCGUGGGCUGCAUUCCUCUGUGUCCCCAGGAGCUCUCGCUCCCCAACUUGGGCUGUCCCAACCCCCGGCUGGUCAAAGUUACCGGCCAGUGCUGUGAGGAGUGGGUCUGUGACGACGAUGAUGCCAAGGACCCCCUGGACGACGGGGAUGGCCUCCUGGGCAAGGGGCUGGCGUUCGAUGCCUCGGAGGUGGAGCUAACCAGGAACAACGAAUUAAUCGCGGUUGGAAAAGGCGGCUCCCUGAAGCGCCUCCCAGUUUUUGGGACGGAGCCUCGAAUCCUGUACAACCCUUUACACGGCCAGAAAUGCAUCGUUCAAACAACUUCGUGGUCCCAGUGCUCAAAGACGUGUGGGACGGGGAUCUCCACCCGAGUUACCAAUGACAACCUUGAAUGCCGCCUGGUGAAGGAGACCCGGAUCUGCGAAGUGCGGCCUUGCGGGCAGCAGGUGUACAGCAGCCUGAAGAAGGGCAAGAAAUGCAGCAAGACCAAGAAAUCCCCCGAGCCCGUCAAGUUUACUUACGCUGGAUGUUCGAGCGUGAAGAAGUACCGGCCCAAGUACUGCGGCUCGUGCGUGGACGGUCGGUGCUGCACCCCGCAGCAGACCCGCACCGUCAAGAUGCGCUUCCGCUGCGAAGACGGGGAGACGUUCUCCAAGAACGUCAUGAUGAUCCAGUCCUGCAAGUGCAACUACAACUGCCCGCACGCCAACGAGGCGGCGUUCCCCUUCUACAGGCUGUUCAAUGACAUCCACAAAUUUAGGGACUAAUUGCUACCUGGGUUUCCAGCACGAGGGUGAAACGGAACAACUGGGGGCGGGGGGGUAGGGAGAGGGGAAGAAGAGUGCCAGGAUCAGGAGCUCUGGGUGGGGGCGGUGGGGGUGAGGGACUCAUUGUAGAAGGGAUGCAUUGCUCAUUCGUGAGUAGUAUUAAGGUAUUUUGAAACUGCUAGGUGUGCUGGUGCAGAUGGACACUAAUGCAGCCACAAUUGGAGAAUACUUCGCUUCGUAAUAUUGGAGCACAUGUUACUGCUUCAUUUUGGAGCUCGUGGUGUUGAUGACGUUCUGUUUUCUGUUUGUAAAUUAUUUGGUAAGCAUAUUUCUCUCUAGGCGUUUUUCCUUUCGGUUCUACAAUUGUUUAAAAAAAAAAAAGUUAGUUGAUCAGUUAAAACCUUCAUCUUUGGACAGAAGUAAAAUGGGAGGGGCUUCCGUCCCCUCCCGAAGGUGACACUCCGUGAGUGUCCGUGAGAGGCAGCUAUCUGCACUCUAAACUGCAAACAGAAAUCAGGUGUUUUAAGACUGAAUGUUUUUAUUUAUCAAAAUGUAGCUUUUGGGGAGGGAAGGGAAAUGUAAUACUGGAAUAAUUUGUAAAUGAUUUUAAUUUUAUAUUCAGUGAAAAGAAUUUAUUUAUGGAAUUAAUCAUUUAAUAAAGAAAUAUUUACCUAAUA